AGAGGUAGGAGAACCAAGAAAGAUUAAUGUCAUGACAGACUCAGCAACAGAAAGCUUCAGAUGGAUAGAAGUGGCAGUAAAGACUGUUGAAAAGACAUCUUGUCCACCUUUGUAAGGCUAGGCUAUUCGUGGUGUGAAUGUCAAGGGGCACCUGGGCAAGUUCAAGGGCAGUGCUCACGGCAUACCAGCAACAAUGGAUUCUCAAAGCACAGGAGGAGGAUGAAGGGGACACUCCAGCACAAGCUAGGAUUCCAUGGUGGAAGCAGCUAAGUAAAUGUAUUCUUCCAGUGACCUUCCAUAGAGAUAGUGUCUCUGACCACGCUGAAGCUCAACUGGAGCUGGGCAAGGCAGAGAGGUUCAAAUGAAGGGUGACUCCCACUAUCAUACCAAGCCUCACUGGGCAGCUGUCCUGCUCAUCCUCUCCCUCCUUAAGACAGAAGGUGAAUUCCAUUCGCCUUCCUGCUCUCAAUGAAAAGCUCUCUUUGGGUUCUUUACUAAUCUCGAAACUGUAAAAGUAUUUUCCCUGUGACUUUUCUCCAUUUCAGUGCUGUCUUCUCUAAAUGAGAAUUAAAAGCAAGUUCCCCACACCGACCUCAAAUGGUUUCUAAGAUAGCAAGAGUGCAUUUUGCAGGUUCUGAGAAUUUAAAAGAGACGGGGGAGGGGAGGAAAUAGAGUGAAUGCAGAAAUGCUGGAGAAGAAAACGUGACAUAAUACUGCGGAAUAUUUUCAUAGUGGGGACACAAAUGUAACAAUCAAUAAAGCAGGUGGAAAGUUUGUGCUCUGGUGCAAUUGUAAAGAAUGUUUAUUAAAUACUUAAAAACAAAGAAGAUUUACGUUUCUCGAAAGAACAGCUGAAAAAUCCCUUGAGCUAAAAUGUGUUGCUAUUCGAGAUGCCAUAAAACUGUUAAAAUAUGAUAUCUCAUUUCAAUCUUUUUGGGGGAAAAAAUCAGGCUUUGACUCACUCGUAAGACAGAUCCCACGCACCCACCCACCAACAUGGCCCUUGGCUGGGCGACCUGCCCACGUGUCGAUGCAAUCGUGCCUCUCUAGAGCCCUGCUUCCAUCCGUUUCCCGAGCUUCAAUGUCGUGACGAGAGACCGCGGCUACAUCAACCUUGGGCAACCAGAUGCAGCCGCGUGCGGCAGCCUGGCACUGCCCAGAGCAUGCUCAGUCGGGUCCUGACCCACUUCUGCAGGUCCGACCUGGGGGCGUGGGGUCAGAGGCAUUACUUUGUCAGUUUGCCAGGAACAGAGAGGAGCAGAGAGACUGAGAAUUGCUAAAGCUCCUCUCUUGGCACAGCAAUCCCUGACCCGGCGGCGGAACAUGCCCAGUCUGGCUGCCGGAGUCGCCAGGAGCAUCAAUGUGCAAAGUCCACCUUUCCGGGUUUUCGCAGCAACCCACCGGGAAGAGGGCGGAACGGGAGUAAAAGGACCGGAGUGGGGCGUGGCCAAGGGGGCGGGCACUAAAAAACCUGGGGGAGGAGCCUGGUCCCGCCCCAGAAAUUGAGUCUCUCUCUUUUUUAAAAUUUAAAAAAAAAAAAAAAAGACGGGAGGUAAAGAGGGGAGGAAGCCACUUACAUUGCAGGAUCGUGCAGCAAAACUUCUGUUCUUGCUCAAGUACCAACUCUAUGGACCCAGGACAGGUUUGUCCCAUGACCUGCUGUGAACAGUGUGUUGUCUGAUAGAAGAUUCGGUUGGCAAACCAUCUCUCUAUUGCCUUACAGAGCAAGCAAAGAAGAUGGAUCGAUUGAAGAGCCAUCUGACUGUGUGCUUUCUACCUUCUGUGCCCUUUUUAAUCCUAGUAUCCACUCUGGCCACUGCUAAGAGUGUGACUAACAGCACUUUAAAUGGCACUAACGUGGUCUUGGGCUCUGUGCCCGUAAUCAUUGCCAGAACUGACCAUAUCAUAGUCAAGGAAGGGAACAGUGCCUUGAUUAAUUGUAGUGUUUAUGGCAUCCCUGACCCACAGUUCAAAUGGUAUAAUUCCAUUGGCAAGCUGCUGAAAGAAGAAGAGGAUGAGAAGGAGAGAGGAGGAGGAAAAUGGCAAAUGCACGACAGCGGCCUUCUGAACAUCACCAAGGUAUCCUUCUCAGACCGAGGUAAAUACACGUGCGUGGCUUCGAACAUCUACGGCACUGUGAACAACACGGUGACCUUGCGCGUCAUCUUCACCUCUGGAGACAUGGGUGUCUACUACAUGGUCGUGUGCCUGGUGGCCUUCACCAUCGUCAUGGUCCUCAAUAUCACCCGCCUGUGCAUGAUGAGCAGCCACCUAAAGAAGACCGAGAAGGCCAUCAAUGAGUUCUUUAGGACCGAAGGUGCAGAGAAGCUGCAGAAGGCGUUCGAGAUCGCCAAGCGCAUCCCCAUCAUCACCUCUGCCAAAACUCUAGAGCUUGCCAAAGUCACCCAGUUCAAAACCAUGGAGUUCGCCCGCUACAUCGAAGAGCUCGCCAGGAGCGUGCCUCUGCCGCCUCUCAUUAUGAACUGCAGGACUAUCAUGGAGGAGAUUAUGGAGGUGGUUGGGCUGGAGGAGCAGGGGCAGAAUUUUGUGAGGCAUACUCCAGAGGGCCAGGAGGCUGCAGACAGGGAUGAGGUCUACACAAUCCCCAACUCUCUGAAGCGGAGCGACUCCCCCGCCGCCGACUCGGACGCGUCAUCGCUGCACGAGCAGCCUCAGCAAAUUGCCAUCAAGGUGUCAGUUCACCCACAGUCCAAAAAAGAGCAUGCAGAUGACCAAGAGGGUGGACAGUUUGAAGUCAAAGAUGUAGAGGAGACAGAACCGUCGGCUGAACAUUCCCCUGAAACUGCAGAGCCUUCUACUGAUGUCACAUCCACCGAGCUAACAUCAGAAGAGCCAACACCUGUUGAGGUACCAGAUAAGGUACUGCCGCCAGCUUACCUGGAGGCCACAGAGCCAGCAGUGACACAUGACAAAAACACCUGCAUUAUUUACGAAAGCCAUGUCUAAUACCAACCCCGAAAAGCUAUGCAUAUCAAGAAAAUCAGGGGCUGCUCCUUGUAAUACAGAUGUAGUACGCACUUGCCGCUAAGCCUUACCAGGAGACUCUCAUCCCUUAGGUAGGAGUGAUGCCACUUUAAAAGGAGAAACACCUGCCUGCAGUGAAUGGGACUGGAAUUUCCCCAGUAGAAAAGGAUGCGAGAAACAUCAGGGUGCAGAAUGGAUAUCGGACAGAAGGUGUCUAUGUGAUAAUGAGUUUUAGAGGCUGAUCUCUGCCAAAUACCUUAAUUGGUGAUGCCUUCUUGGCAAAGAGUACACCACUGUAAGAUAUUCUGAGCUCAAGAACCCUGUCCAAUGCACCCUGCAUUGCUUUUCCUUUUAAAAAGUGUAGGUCUGCUACAAUAGCAAAUGCACGUACGUGGGUUUUUUGCACUUUCUUCUCAGUUUUGAUUACUUUCGCUGUUCCUUUAUAAUGGGGCCAUUGUUAUUAAUACUAAUUGUUCUUUCUGGUUUAGUCCUCAUUGCCAUUUUUGUCCUCAUUUUUCCCUAGAACACGUACCUCAGAGACUUUGGUAUCGGUCACCAGUACCAGGGCUGAUAUCUACAAGUCACAUUACAUUUGUCAUGUUCCAAAGUAGUUAUGAGGCUUGUUUUUUUUUUUUUUUUUCUCAUUCCCCAGGCCUAUUUUCAUAGAUUGCUUUUUUUUGUUUGUUUCCAACGAAGCUGCUGUUGUGAAACUGAGAAAAACUUUGCCCCGGAAUAGCACUUUAAUAGUUAAAAAUCUGUUUACCUGUCUGAUUCAGAGAGCCUUUUGGUGAGUUCAGCUGAGAUGUAGAGGGAGAUUGUAAAAGGUUAAAUAUACCCACACCACCCACGAAAGUCACUUUUUAUGUUGAAGUUACAUCAUCCUCCAAAUAAAGACUGAUUCUUUACCUGGAAAAUGUAUUGCUUCCAAAGACAUAGGAUUCAGUGUAUUCCUGUAGGUUAUAGAAUAUUGGUUGGCUUCCAAACAGGCUUGCAGGGACCGAAUGCUGUUGGAUGACAUAUAACCAGGUCCACUUUUUGUGAACUGCAUAGCUGACUUGGUUGUGCUUAAAGGGGAGAGCGAAAGGUUAGGGUAAUAGCAAAGGGAACUGUGCCAUCAAAUUUUAUGCCAAAAUUGUUGAAUAAUUAUUCAGUCCUGCAAGAAAGUGGUUAUAUGUGAGGUGCAUGACCUUAUGGAAAGAAGACAAAAUUAGUCAUCCAAAGGCUUAAUACCCACUGUGCCAAUAACCAGCUGCCUGACUUUGGACAAGUCUGGGCCUCAGGUCCCUUAUCCGUAGAAGGGGCAGAUGAGAUGAGCUCUGAGCACCAUUGGAAUGGUUUCGCUGUCUCACAGAACCAAACCGAUAUUAACAUCCUUGCUCCUUUUCACGAUCACUUUAAAGUUUUUUGCAUUCAUCUCUCGGUCCACCUAACAUUUUCAUGCUGCAUUACUUAAAUAUGUUGGUUUUGAGAAAUUGUAGCAUUUUAAACAAAUUGUGGAUCUUCUCCUUCCAAAAAAACCAUUAGGACCACAUCUGCAAUUAAGAUUUAGUAUCGGUGAGAAUGAGUGGUGUUAUUUAAUUUUCCCUUAUAAGCAAAGGAGACAGUAACCUUAAUACACUCAUAGGGGCCUUGGCCACAUCAGGUAGUGGGGUUGUGAUGUCCAAGAUUGCAUGGACCACAUUGGUGAUGAGAGUAGACCCAGAUGUUUAGUCCUCACUCUGUCACCAUCUGAGGAAGUGACCUUGGACAACUCCCUUCCUCUCUCUGGGGUUUAAUCAUUUUCAUCUGUAAAAUAUGCAGGUAGUACAUAGAAGGGUCUACAGGAUCCCUUCUAUUUGAAACAUUUAUAGUUUUAUGGAAAGUUUGCAGUCUUCCAGGAUAACCUACCCCCAUUGCAUGAGACAAGCAAAAAUGGGACCAUGAAGUUGGAUGCUUUUGCCAUCCAAACUUUACAACAAACAUUAUCUGGCUCUGUAAUUGAGGGCGGUGGGCUUGGCUUUAAACCUAGCCUUGAUUUGUUUAUGUAUAGAUAACUGUUGUAGAAGGUGAUAGGACUAGUUAUGGAGUUUGAUUAGACAUCUCUUGAAAAGUACUGAACUGUUGACUUCUGGUUAGAAGUGCUUUGGGCAGUCACAUAAAGAAAUGAGCAGUGAGAAAUCAGGAGAAAUUAUGACUCCUGUUCAGGCUCUCGGGACUAGCAUCGUAUGUUUUUGGGUCGUGGAAAAGUUUUAACGCCACCUCUUAGGAUAUAAACAUUUUCCAGUUUUCAUGGAGGUCCACAAAUUAUUUACCAUGGGUUUAUAUGCCCAAAGCGACAAGAGAGGACUUACGUUCAUUUUGUGAUAAUGUAUGAAUGUUACCCCAUUCUAUUCCGUUGUCAUUCCACCCAAACCCGUGUGCAGGUUUCCACAUGGAAGCAACAGGAGAAGGCAUCCAUUCCACCUAGACACUGAAUAGUGAUAAUAAGCUAAAAGUGGGCAGAUUUUCAGUGGAGCAAGAGCAGAAAUACGUGGCCAAAGAAUGUUUCCCGAUUGGUUUUGCUGCUUUAGACUGCAGUGGGAAGAGCUUAUGUAGAUUUUCAAAACUUUCUCCCUCUUGAAGGCAUCGUAAUGCUCUCAGUUUUGAUAAUAGCUGACAUAAAGGGAGGUUGACUUAAAAUGGGAAUUUCUGCUUCCAAAAAUGCUACACUCUUCCUAUCCAUCCUACAGCUUCUUUAUGAAAUAAGAGAGGCUCUCCUGCUAGAAUAUGAGAUGCAGAAGACCUCACGACUUUCAGCUGAUUUUUCAAAUACAGAGUGAACUGUUCAGCUUCAUAGUAAUUCAUGUGAGCGUGACUGAACGUGUGUGCAGACACACUCAUGCACAUUGGACUCAUCUGGGCAGUUUUAAAAGCUUGACACUAAAUCCAAAGCCUCGUCCUUUGGGUCGUAUGUAGUCACUCGUAAAAUCAACUUCUGGCUUCUGAGUCAUCCUGGUCCUAUCUCUAGCAAUGUUUUUCUUGAAAUUCUGAAAAUGAUUCAAAUAUGUGUGUAUAUUUAAUUCACUUAGAUGAUCUGUAAACUUGGAUGGUAUUUAUUCUAAAUGGGGAAAACAAUUUUAUAUGGAAAAUCUAUGUAAUUUAUAAUGGUUUUGUUUUAUAUAUUAUAUUUUCAUAUCUUUAGGGCACAUCUACUAUCCUCAUCUUUUUGUAUACCAUACUUAGCAAAAAGAAAUACUAAUACUUGACUAAGAUCUCUAGGAACCAAAUGGGAUACAUGUGAUAUAUAACUUAUAGAAAUUGCUCUAAAAAUCUCUGAAUGUCUCAUCCAUCCCAAGCACUACUGUGCUGUGUCGUUAUGUCCAGAAUGAUUUGUCUUGGACGCUUAUGAGCAUUCCUUUUUCACAACUAAGGCUGAAAGACCUGACAUCUCACACAAUGGGGUUCUGGAAUUCCCCUUUCCUCAUUUAUCUGUUUUUAUUGUUUGUUUCAUUUUUAAUUGCACAAGUCUAUGUUGUCUAAAUUUUGUUUUGAAGGGCAAGUGUGAGAUAACAAGAAAGCAAUGUGAUAGAAAGACUGAAUGAAUUUAACCAUGGCUAUGUAAAUUAUUUUAAUGGACUGGUAAGAUGUUUCAAGUCUAAUGCUUGGAUCAUUAUUUACUGGUGAUCUAGGAUCUGCUCAGCUCUUUAGCACAUGAAGAAAAUGUCAGGUACAAAGGACAUUUGCAUGUUUUGAACAGCACGCUCUAAGCCCAGUGCAGCCAACACAGAUUGACUUGACUGUAGAAACACCAGUUCCAGCUGCUGGAAGAAAUGUUUAGAAAGGCAAACCAGAUACCUUUUAUUCUGCCCUAGGAAAUACAGUGUUGAUCAGUGCUAAAACUCUUCAGUAGUAGUCACUGUGGUUCUUUUCCUUUCAAUGUUUCAUUUGGUACCAAAAUGGAGCAUUUACCUUAUAUUUCAGAUACCCUGUUUUCUUAGCAUUGUUCAGAUACUUUCCUUUAUUGCUCUUCACAUAUCCUUUUGGCAGUCACUUGAGUAAUUCUAUAAAUGUUUCUAUUCUUGGUUUUUAAACCAAGUUAUUCGUAGUCUUUAAAUACCUACCAAAUCUCAUAUUUUCACACCCAUAUCUUGGGCAUCAAGAUACUGGUCAUUUAAAAAAAUCCUUUAGUAGAUAACACAGUUUAUUUUCCUAAUGACAUUUUUGGGGUUUCUUCAUUGAUCAACCAGGUUUGGGUUAAACAAAUCAAUUGUGGGGGAAAAAUCAGAUAAAACAGUUGCUUAUUGUAUUUUCUAAAGGACUGAGCAUUUAUCUUUUAUUCAAGAAGAUAUCAUAUGAGAAUGAUAAUGAUCUUUAACAGAUUUUUUGGAGAUGGAAUUUAUAAAGAGGCUAAUACUAAGAAUACUACAAUCAAAAUUGAAGCUAGAGAAUGUAAAAAUAGAAAGUAAAUAGUUCUGAGAAUAUUCUGGCAUAAAUUAUUUUUAUUUAGCCAAUAAAAUAGCCUCCAAAUGUGUAUCUCAGACACCAUAGAGCUGCUAACAGUGAGAGUCAAGGAAGAUGCUUGUACUUAGAUUUCGUUUGUUGUAUUUCAGUAAUUCUGGAUGUCCUUUGUUAAAAUUGGAAAAUGGAAAAAUGCCUCUAGACAGAAAUGUCAAUCUGGUGAAAGUGAACUGUAAAAUGUUCACUUUUAAAAAUAAAGAUGUAAACAAAUGACUCAUACAUAAGUUGGUAUUACAGUAGCAAAAACAGAAAACCAUGUGAUCCAUCCUGUAUUUUGAUUGAUGCUUUAAUAAAGGGUUUGCACAGGUGUGUGGAA